GAUUGAGCAGCUAUAUCAGAACGUUCUGGCUUUGUGGCACCACUCCCACAUUAACAUGAAGAGCGUGGUGUCCUGGCACUAUCUGAUGACUGACAUCCGCUCCAUCCGCAAAAGCAGUGUAUCCUCGAUCAAGACUCUGCUGCCAGGUGAUCACCAGCAGGUGCUGAGCAGCUUGCAGUCCCACUUUGAGGAUUUCUUGAAGGACAGCGAUGAAUCUGAGGUGUUCACAGUGGCCGACUGCUCUCAGCUGGAAAAAGAGGUUGUGGCGUGCAAGGAGUACUACGAGGAGCUCCUCAAAUCUGCAGAAAGAGAAGAACAGGAGGAGUCCGUGUACAACCUCUUCAUCUCUGAGGUGCGUAACUUCCGGAUGCAUGUGGAAGCUCAUGAGGAACAACUUAUCCGGAAAAUCCGAACUCCACUAGACAGAGAUGACCUGCAGGAGUGUGUGCUGCGCAUUACUGAACAGGAGAAGAAGAAGGUAGAGUUGGAAAGUUUGAAGGAAGAUCUGGAGACCCUGAGAGAGAAGUGUGAAGUGUUCCUCAGACAAGCAGCAGCUUCUCCAUCUGUCCCCACGCUGUCCUCUGAGCUCAACGUCCUCACCCAGAGCAUGAGCCAGGUCUACUCCAUGUGCUGCAUCUACCUGGAGAAGCUAAAGGCAGUGAGUUUGGUGGUGAAACACAGUCAGAGCGCUGAAGCUCUGGUCAAACUGUAUGAAGCCAAGCUGUGUGAGGAGGAUACAAUCAAUGCUAACAUCAGAUCUAUCGAUGGUGUUAUGAGCACUCUUAAGCAAUGGAGAUCUGAAAUCGAUGAAAGACGUGAGGUACUCCAUGAAUUGGAGGACGAGCUACAUAAGGCGCGAGUGGUCAGUGAACGCAUGUUCAAAACACACAACGAGAGAGACUUUGAUUUAGACUGGCACAAAGAUAAAGCCGACCAGCUCAAAGAGAGAUGGCAGAACAUUCACUCUCAAAUUGAAAACAGGCUUAGAGAUUUGGAAGGCAUCUGUAAAUCUCUUAAAUACUACAAAGACACAUACAACAGCCUGGAUGAAUGGAGCAAAGAAAUGGAGGCCAAGCAGCUCAAGACGCAAGAGAAUCAUUCCGAGGACAGCAAAGCUUUGGCCGAGUUCCUUAACCAGCAGAAAGUUUUGGUUGCAGAAAUUGAACAGAAACAGAGUAAAAUUGAGGAGUGCCAGAAGUAUUCAGAGCAAUAUGCUGUGGGAGUGAAAGACUAUGAGUUACAAUUGAUGACCUACAGAGCCAUGAUUGACUCUCAGCAUAAGUCCCCUGUGAAGAGGAGAAAGAUGCAGAGUUCCUCUGAUGUUAUCCAGCAAGAGUUUAUGGAGCUUCGUACACGUUACACAGCUCUGGUCACUCUCAUGACGCAGUAUGUGAAGUUUGCAGGUGAAACCCUGAAGAGGGCAGAAGAAGAUGAGAGGAGGAUGUCAUUGGAAAGAGCAGAGUACAUGAGCUGGACUGAGAGCAUGGAGCUGCAGAAAGUUGCCAGUGAAGAUGAAAUAACCAGGCUCCAGCAUCAGGUACUGGAACUCGAGACCUCACUGUCUAACAGGCAACAGCAGCUGGACAUCCUGGGAGCAGAUCUUGAGAUGCAUAAAAGAUCAAUAGAGGACUUGACCUUGCAGAAAUCAAAGGCUGAGUAUGAGGCACAAAAAUACCGUGUUGAACUAGAAGGUGUAAUCAAAAGCAAGGGUACCAUUGAGCAGGAUUUGACCCGUGCUCGUCAACAGGUCCAGCAAUCAGAGGCUAAACAGGUCUCUUUGGAAGAGAGUCUCAGGAACCUUAAAAGGAGCAUAGAGGAGAGUACAUUAGCCCGCAAGAAGCUUGAAGAUCAUUUACGUCGCAAGGACAGUGACGUACAGGGCCUUGAGGAGCACAGUCGUACUUUGGAACGAGAACUGAGGGCCAAGGAAGACACCAAAGCAGAGCUCCUUAACCAAGUGAGAAUCAUGGAAAUGGAUCUUGCCCACCAGUCAGAAGUCAGAAUGAUGCAAAGCGAAUCCUUGAUGGGUUUUAAGAAGGAAAGUGCACAACUGAUUCAUUCUGAAUCUGAGGCUGAGGUCCAGCGCAAAAUGGAGGAGCUUAUUAUGGGCAAGAAGCGAGCCGAGACUGAGAUCAAAACGUUGAAGUCUGAAUUGAACUCAAUUCUUGUCCAUAAGACUGUGGCCGAAGACAAGGCACAACGUUUCAAAGAACUCUUAGAUGAGGCAAACAACCGGCUGUUGAAGCUUCAAGUGGAAAUGGAUGCAGAUAGGUCUAACAUGAGACAGAAAUCAGAGGAAUUAAGGCAAGAAUCUUCUGAACUAAAAAAAUCUGUCUAUAUGUUUCAAGAGCAAAUCAAGUCCCUUCAAAGAGAUAAAUCCUCUCUGGAGCAGAGAGUGCUUUUCCAUAAAACAGAGGUUGAUGGCCUAAAAGAACAGCUGAAGGUCAACCAAGGAAAACUUCUACAGCGGACAUCAUUGGAACAAGAGAGGUCUCAUAAAUUGAGGUGCCUGGAAGACGAGUUGUCUUCCAAACAGACUGAAGUUGAGCAGAUGACUUUUAAAGUGAAUGAACUUAAUAGGAAAAAUCAAAUGUUAGAAAGUGAUAUCCGACAUCUUAAGGUAAGUAUUGAGUCAAUCCAGCAAGAUAAUUUACAUGCUGAUCAAAAGAUUAAAACCCUGAAAGGUGAGGCAGACAUUUUGAAGGAGCAACUGCAGAGAGCCAGAGAAGAAAUCGGUCUGAAGACAAGAAUUGAGAAGGAUGCUCAACUCAAGGCCAAAAACCUAGAAUUGGAGCUACAGACAAGUUCCUUGCAAGUUACACAGCUUACUAAGAAAGUAGAGGAACUCAAGAAGAUUAACAUGGACACUGAACGUUUGAUAAAAAAUAUAAAAGCAGAACUUGACGGUGCAACCAUUGAGAUUGGCAGUAAGGAACAGCAAAUUAAUAUACUCAAGUGUCAGGCAGAAAGUGCGAAAUCUCAGAUAAAAAUAGUUGAAGAGGAACUUUUAAUGAAAACCCAGAUGUCACAUACACUUCAAAUAAAAUUGAAAGAUUACAAUCAAGAAGAAAAGAAGACAACUGAGUUACAGCAGAAGAUCAGAUCUCUCACGAUGAACAUCACCAACUAUGAAAAAGAUAUUACAAAUCUAAAAGCAGAACUGAGUUCCAUGACUACUGAGAGGAAUCUGAUGAAUCAAAAGAAUCAGGAACAGAGAGCGGAGAUAAAUAACCUGAACAUGGCUUUAAAAAAAGCCUUAGGGGAAUCUCAAAGGGAGUCAACCGAGGGUAAGAAGAAUAUGUCAAAGGUGAGAGAACUUGAAAAUGAGCUUCUGAAAUGUAAGCAGACUAUUAGUAGGAUUAGUGGAAGUUCAGAGAAAGUCACAGUAAGCCUGAAACAGGACAUCACAUCUCUUCAGAGGGAUAAACAAGCAGCUGACCAGAAGUUACAGGUUUUAAAAUCUGAAUUCGAUGAACUGAGUUCCACUCUAAAGAAAACAAAGGAUGAGCUUCAGCGAGUGACUGAAGGAAGUAGGUUUAGUCAGUCCAAACUCAAAGAGUUGGAGGCAGAACUCCAAAGAAAAACUUCUGUUAUACGAGAAAUGAACUCAAGCAUAGAUAAAUCUGUUCUCAAUUUAAAACAAGAACUAGCUACCUUUAAAAAGGAGAGGAGCACUGCAGAAGAGAAAAUCUCAAGUUUAACUCUCCAAACGUCAGAGUUGAGGCAGAAGUGGAAGCAAACCCAGGAAGAGCUGAAACAGAAGCAAAAUGAAACAGCAGUUGCUGAGCUCAGGUCUCAAAAACUUGGAGAAAAAUUGGAUAACUGUAAGAAAAUGCUGGAUGAUCUAAAAAGUAAACUCGACUUACAAAAGAAAGGCUACGAAACUCAACUACAGUUAGUGCAGGCUGAAAUGGAGCAAAAGCUUUCCUUGCAAGAAUCACGCUUGAAGCUCGAGUAUGAAAGGAAAUCAAAAGAUCACUCAUUUUCUUUGGAAACAGCUGAGAGAGACAACAAGCAACUGUCUCAAGAGGCUGAACAGCAACUCAGCAACCUACGCAAUCAGCUUGAUGAAUCUGACCAUAAGAGGGGAAUUCUUGACCUUGAACUUCUCAAAGCCAAAUCAAAGAUUUCUGAGUUAGAAACCGAAAAAAUCAGGGUGAACUCUGGUAUUUUACAACUUGACAAUAUUCACAAAGACAACUCAAACGAGAUAGCAAGAUUAAAGCAAACACUGACAGAGACUAAGAAAGAAUUGGAAAUCUCAGAGAAAAAAGCUAAAUCACUAAAGGAACAGAUUGUUUCAUACAUCAAAGAAAUGAAAUCUCUACAAGAGAAGAAUCUUAAGCUUGAGGUAGCCGUCAGCUCGGAGCAGAAGCAUCUAAAAGGAUUGGAGGCUCUUGAACAAACCAAUCAUCAGUGUGCUAAAGAUAAUGAGCUGUCCAAGCUGAAGACUGAACUUUUACUGACUCAGAAAAUUGUUGCAUCAUAUGAAGAAGCUAAAGGCAACCUGGAGGAGGAACUUAUGAAAAUGAAAAUGAGCUCUGAGAUAGCUACACAGGAGAAGGAAAAAGUACUGGAGGAGCUGAGAAAGGUCAAACAGAGCAAAACACAUGUUAUCAGUAAGAGAAGUCAAGAAUGUGUGAGCAAGAACACAGAAAAUGUGGUCUCUCUCAAGAAUUCUACCGAAUUUGAAAAGAAUUCAAACAACGUGGUGGUUGAUAAUAGUCAAAGUGAGAUGACAGACCUUAUAGUCAGGAAAAGCUCACUGUCUGACAAAGUAAGGUCUGGUAAAAGCCAGACUGUUUCAUUCAAUAUCGUUGAUUCUGAAUCCUCCAUUGGCAUAGCUUCUGACUCGUCUGUAACAAGUAAAUCAAAAGGACUAAAGAUAGAUUCCUCUUCCCAUAAAAUUCAAGGUCUCCGAGGACGGAUAAGUAUUAAAAAGUUGGUAAAAACUAAAAUAAUAACCCAAGAAAUUGCUCUCAAGUUGCAAACAGGGCUCAUCACUAUGGAAGAGGUGGAGGCAUCGCUUGCACAAUUCAUUAGUAAACCAUCAUCGAUUGCAGGUAUUUACGUGGAAUCAAGCAGGAAAAAGCUAUCCUUCAUGGACGCUGUUGAGGGAGAGCUUAUACCGAAAACUUAUGCCAUUGAGUUUUUGGAAGCACAAGCUGCCACGGGAUGUAUCUUUGAUCCUAUUACAGGUGAACGCUACUCUCCUUCAGAUGCUGUUGUGAAAGGGAUCAUUCCUAAGGAUCUCAAAGACAAAAUAAGCGAUGCUUACAAGGCAGUCAGUGGUUAUACCCAUGCUGGGAAGAUUCUUUCUGUGUUUCAAGCUAUGGAGGAGAGAAUUGUAGACAGACAUCGAGGGAAAGCAAUAAUAGAAACCCAGAUUGCUACUGGAGGGUUGAUUCAUCCAUUGAUUGGAAUUAGGGUGCCCAUGGAUUGUGCAUUAGAACAAGGGCUGAUAAAUCAAUCUACCUUUCAGAGUCUUUAUGAUCCAGUGAGCAACCCAAAAGAUUUCCACUUCCCAGAUACUGGGCAGAAGGCAUAUUAUAGUGAACUGCUCCGAAUCUGUGUAUAUGAUGUCAACGGUGGAGUAUAUCUUCUUCCUUUCAGUGACCAGCAACUCUUCACCCUCUCUCCAUCCAGCAAUCACAGAGUAUCGGUCAUCAACAGUUCUAGUGGUGCAAAAAUGUCAGCCUAUGAGGCAUAUAAUGCCGGCCACAUUGAUAAGAGAACCUACCUAUUUCUUUCUCAACAAGAGAGUGAAUGGCAGGAAACAACUGUCAUGGACUCAAGUAGGAACCUUCUUAAUAUCCUAACAGACCAUAAGAGUGGGCGCCAACUUUGCAUUGAGAAUGCUCUUAAUCAGAAAAUUCUCCAAACAGAAGAACUCAGUAGCUACCGCAGUGGUCAACUGAGUAUUUUUGAGCUUGCUGAUAUUCUCAUUUCUAGAAGAGUUGUCAUUAAAGUUCUAAACAGUCCUAUUGCAGGACUCUGGGAUGUUUUGUUGAAGAGAAGACUCUCUGUUCUCAAAGGACUCCAGAAAAACCUUGUGGACAGGCUCACCGCAUUGAGGUUGCUAGAAGCUCAGGCUUGCACUGGAGGCAUCUGUGACCCAACUUCUGGAGAAAGGGUUCUGAUUACCGAAGCACAACAUCGAGGACUGCUGGAUGAAGGUUUUGCCAGACAGCUCCAGCAAAGUGAGCAAGCCUACUAUGGUAUCAUCCACCCUCAGACUGGAAAGACAUUGACGGUGGCUCAGGCAAUGCAAGAGAAUCUGUUCCCUAAAGAUGUUGGAGUAAGGUGUCUUGAGUUUCAGCUGGCCACUGGUGGGCUCAUAAACCCGGAGAGCCAAGAGAGAGUCUCAUUGGAGGAUGCAAUACAGAAUUGCUUGAUCGAUAAAGCAAAUUCCACACAUCUUCAAAAUGACCAUUCCCAUACAAAAUGUAUCACUUGCCCCAAAACUAAGCGCAAAAUGUCUUUCAAGGAAGCUCUAGAAAAGAGUGUCUUUGACAGCCAUACUGGGUUCCUCCUUCUUGAGGCAACAAAGUCUCAUAGCAUUGGCAAUACUUCAUUUCAAUACUUCUGGACCUAUCGACACUUCUGAUAUGUUUCUAGACAGUGUCUAUCUAAAAUAAAGCAAUGUUUGUGGUGAAGGUUUUAAAAGGAAAGCUUGACCAGUAUAUUUGCUGCCCUUUGUAGUGGGGCGUUACAGGUUAUAUAGAGAGAAGUUAUAUAGUGCAUUUUUAUCCUGAAAAAUGUCAAAAUCAUAAUGGUGAAAAUGGGAGUCUUUCAAAUAUGGGAUUAUUUUUCUUCUAUUGUAAGAUAUUGUUUUAAAAUGUCUCAUAUCUUAAGUGAUCCAUUUUGUUUUUCAUUCAUAUUUACGCCAGUUGUAUAUUUAAUUUAUUGCCGAACACCAUUCCACAAAAAAUGGCUGUGAGCUAAACAAACUACUCAUUCAUUGGUGUACUGUAUAUUGCAUCCAUAUAGUGAGUUUGUUGUGCUAAUGAUAACAAAUGAUUUACAUCGUUUUUUUAAUCCACCCAACAAUUUCUUUCCAAUGAAUGUAGAGGUCUGUUGAGGAUGAGAAGAAAGAGCAUGGCGAUAAGGUUAACAAGUUAUU